GGCGGGCCGGAACCGAGGAGAUCCGCGCUGAAACGCAGCCGAGCCGCUCGGGAGGGACGAGCGGAGCCGGAGGAGGAGGUGAGGAGGAGGAGGAGGAGGAGGCGGCGAGCGGCGCGUCGGUGAGCAGCAUCAGCAGCAGGGUCGGUGGGCACAAGGACGCAGCGUCGGGUGGAGACGGUGCGGAGAUGCUUUCAGCGGCCAGCGAGGACGCGGAGGGCGGCUUCAUCACCAACAACAACAACAACAACAACAACAACAGCAGCAGCAGCAUCAACGACGACGUGGCCGCGGCCUCUGCAGCGACGUGCGCCAAAGGCACAGAGGAGCGGAAGGCGAAGAACCUGAUCCGGGGCUGGAAGCGGGACCGGGACCGGGACCGGGACCGGGACGCCUGCGCCGCACCUCCUCCCGCCCGGACGAGGAAAGAGAAGUCCGGCGAUGGCUCGUCUCCUCCUCCUCCCCCUCCUCCUCCCCCUCCUCCUCCUCCCCCUCCCCAUCCCCAUCCCUCCUCCGCCUUCCUCCCGUCGUGCGCCCUGCCCGAGCAUCCUCUCUGCUUUACCGGCGCCGGAGUCUGCCGCUGCGCCGCGCCGGAGCCCCGCACCCCGGGAGAAAACGGCGGCAUCAUCAGCAGCGGAGGAGGAGGCGGCGGCGGCGGCGCGCUGGAUUGUGGAGCUAAAAGCGGCGGCGGCGGCGGCGCGAUCGUUGUCGGGCGGCAGCAUGACGACACGCCGGCGGCCAAGAAGCACCGAGGGGCCGAGAAGGGGGACCCCAUGUUUACGGUUCCAGCCGCCCCCGCUCCAGGCCCCCCAGGGGCCCCCGGGCCCUCCCUGCCCUUGGCCCCUCCUUUCCCCCCUCCGGCCCUGCCCACCUCCAGCCCCAAGCAGCUACUGGUGAGGACGAGAUCCGUGGGCACCAACACCCAGGACGGGGAGAGCGUCCCGGGGGGGGCGGAGGGCGACUUGGCCUGUCUGGGACCCUGCCAGCCCGGGACCAGCGUCAACCUGGAGGGCAUCGUCUGGCACGAGACCGAGGAGGGUGUGCUGGUGGUCAACGUGACCUGGCGGAAGAGAACCUACGUGGGAACCUUGUUGGACUGCACCAAACACGACUGGGCUCCCCCAAGGUUUUGCGAGUCUCCCUCCAGCGACCCCGAGUUGCCCGGUGGGCGUGGCCGGGGCAAACGGAUGCGGAUGGGCUUGUCCGAGCGACCCUGCGUUGAUCCGGCCCCAGCAGCCAAGGUCAGAGGUCUGUCUCAGCACAGGAGCCGUGGAGGUGGCUUGGCCGGAACCGCCGCGCCCAUCCACAGCAAGGGACGCAGAGGAAGCCUGAACCUCAUCAACAGCAACUGCCGAGCCCCUCCUUCUUUCUUCACUGUCGAGGAGGUGAAAUCCACCAAUGGCGCCUCAUCUCACUUGUCCGCGAAGCGGAAGAACAAGCCACCCGCUGACCUGGACCUCAGCCUGGUCACCUCUGACGACGUCAAAAACGGCAACGGGAAGAGGAUCCGAGCCAAAUCUCGCAGCGCCCCGUCAACGCCGCAGGGAAAAUCCGACCCCUCGUUCAUGGACCCUGGAGGCGGUUGCGCCUCCUCCCCUCCUCCCCCGCCCAUCCUCAUUGACUGCCCCCACCCUAACUGCACUAAACGUUACAAGCACAUCAACGGCCUGCGCUACCACCAAACGCACGCACACCUGGAGGCCGAGGAGCAGAGGAAGCCGGAGUUGGAGCCCAUGAAGGAUGGGGAGGGCGAGGAUCGGCUUUCAGACUGCGAGGACUCCAUCAGCAGCAUGACGUACGACCUCUCAGAGACGAACAGUUCCUCCAAGAAACCAGCUCCUCUGUACAAGGUGACCACAGUGGGAUCUCCUAAGAACAGACGGCUGCUACUCAGCACCGACCACAGCGCCUCAGUCAACACCAAGACCAGAAGAACCUCACUGCUGAAAGACGGGCUGAUCGACGACCUUAGCAACCUGCCCAUCAUCUCAAACAUGACCGUGGUCCUGGAGAACUGCAUGGUCCCAGACAGGAAUUCCAUAGUGGAAAUGCCCAAGCUGGAGGCCGAAGGCUUGAUCGACAAAAAGGGAGGCGGGUGCGACAAGGGCAAGAAGUCCAAUGGGAAGGUGGAGAAGCUGUCCAAGUCACGGACCAACCGGCCGAUUGCUCCGGCCCCUGCGCCCCCAAAGCUGAUCGCCAUACCCAACACGACGUAUCCGACCGGCACAGCCGACACCACGACCUCACAGCAGAACUCACCUAUAGCAGCCGUGGGCCUCACCGGUAAGAACCUUACCCUGAAACCCAUCAAACCAAAGCAGAGCAUGGUUGUGGAACCGAGCCUCGUGAAAGCCACCAUGAUCACCUGUAGCAAGGAGACCAGGAAGAAAGAGAAACGGAGGCUGAAGGACAAACACCACAAAACCAGGAUGCCGAACAGCGAUGGCGAUGGAAUCAAGAUGGAAGAUGGUUGUGGUUCCAAAAUGGGUGUCAAGGAAAUUUCCGGAAGUCUUCUGAAGGAGCACCUCAGCAAGCAGGAUAUGAUGAACGGGCUCACGGAGAGUCAGGAGAGCAGGAUGGCCAGUAUCCGAGCCGAGGCCGACAAGGUGUAUACCUUCACCGACAACGCCCCCAGCCCCUCUAUCGGCAGUUCAUCGAGGCUCGACCCCGGCGGUGGUUGCCUGGCAACGGACAGCAAGAACAACAGCCCCGCCUAUUCAGACAUCUCGGACGCUGGGGACGACGGGGGAUCCUCCGAAUGUCGCUCAGAUGGAAUCCGAUCCAAGUCCGCCUCCUUGGCCUCGUCGGAGGCGAGCUCUAACAGUAGCCACAGCAACUCUGGUAAAACCCCACCCACUGCGUCUGCCCCGCCGCCAAAAGACUCCCAAUCCCCGUACUACCACGGCUACGAGCCCUACUACCUGCAGGGGUACAUGCAGUCAGACAGGCAGAACAGCAACAGCGUCGCCUUCCAUAAAAGCUCCGGGCUCGACGGCAACGGCAGGAAGGAGGAAGCAAGAGAGGACGACAGAACGUCCCCCCGCGAGUUCUCAGACUUGAAGAAAAGCGACGGGCCGCCUCAGUCUCAGCUCCAGCUGGCCAUGAGCCAGACCCAGACCGCCUUGGCCCAGUCGCUGUACUACGGCCAGUACUCCAGGGGCUUGUAUAUGGACCAGAAACUGUUGCUGGCCUCAAAGUGCUGCGACCAGACGCAUGGCGCCAAGCAGAGGGGCGAGAGGGGACAGGGGCUGAGGGACGGUGAGGACGACAGACACGUAGUCGGGAAUUCGGCAAGCGGACCCGUGCUGGGAAAGGGUCUGGAUGGCGUCAAAGGCUGCUGUCCCAAACCGGCCCUGUCCUACGUGGAAAUGAGCGAGAGGGGGGAAAGGGGACUGAGUCUAGGCAGGAAGUCGGCCCACUGUGGCGUGCUGGACCAGCACCAGGUCUCGAUGAAAGACUGCGACGACAUCAAGUCGCCUUCUUCUUCUUCGGCCCUCCACAACCCAAACAGUCAGACAGAUCUGGACUCAAAUGUUUCCUAUUCCAGUCCCCCAGACGGCCUGCCCUGGGCCCACUGCCUCGCUCACAGCAAGUACUCUGAGCUACGUCACGGGGAGGAGGCCGAGGAGGGGGAGAUGGACAGGGGGAGAGAGUGGGGAGCUACCAUGGAGCCUGCCGGGGCUAAGAUGACUGGAGGAGGCGGUGGAGACGCUAAAAAAAACAGGCUCCACGAACUCCCGCCCGCCAUCGACGUGGAUGAUCCGGACGGACUGGACGGGCUGGAGCAUCAGGACCAGGAGCCGGUUGGGGCGCUGGACCAGGAGCCCCAGAACGCCCGGGCGGCGGUGUCUCCUCCUGUGACCCCCCAGCAGCCCUACGUCCAAUACCAGCACUCGUCCUACCAGCCUUACCUGGCCAUGUGCGAGAGCGGCGGGGGCUCCUACAGAGGGGUGUCACCCACCCUGGUCCACAAUUACCCCGGUUUCCACUACCCUCUGUACGGAAAGACGGCGGGCAGGGAGGAGUCAGAGGUGACUCCGCCCAGCCGAGGAGGAGUGGCGGGCGGCCAGCAGAGCGGAGACCCGUCCUCGUCCUCGUCCAUGGAGCUGCUGCAGCAGCAGAGCCACCAGUACCACGGGAAAUCCCCCGCUCCCGGCGAGAAGGGUUCCCCAGAGGGAGAGAGAGAGACGGAGCGAGAGAGGAACCACGUUUCGUUCGCCCGACACCUCCACACACACCACCACACACACCUGGGCAUGAGCUACACCCUGAUGUCAGGACAGUACGACAUCUACCAAGGGCUGAGCUCCCGCUCGCUGGUCUCCAGUCAGCAGGUGUCGGCUUCCUCCUCUGCUGAGGGCGAAGGGAAGAAGUAGCACCAUGUGAGAGACGUCGUCUCACACGAGGAACGGCAGAUUUAUCAGACACCUAAUAAGCUUCGCCUCCCUGAGAGGCAGAAAGAUCAAACAACAGAAAGGUCACGAACAAACAACCCCCCCCCCCCCCCCCUUUUGUAUCACGUCCGCGAGCCGACGGACGGACGGCUAAAACUCAACGUCCCAGAAUGCCGCGUGUCAGCCCAGCUGUGACGAUCAACUUUAUUUAAAAAAAAAGAAACGCACAUUUCCGAUGACGAAGUGACUGAAUGUACUGAAGAAGACUCUCCCGACAGAGUCCAUCUCCUUUUCCUAAAAACGGCCGGCCGGACGCAGCGCUACGAAGCUGAAGAGUAACUAUUCUACUUCUUAUUCUCAUUCUGAUUAUCCAAGUGCUCCUCCUCCUCCCAUAGUGCCGCCGCUGCAUUUGUGUUGCUAAGCUGUACUUGAGCGUAACCAUGUUGAUUGUAUUGUCUUUCUGUGAGAGUGCACCGUCACAUGCACCACGUGGUGUAGAUAUUCUGUACAGAUUCAUGGCGGAGCCCUGACACCUCGCCUUUACUCGCCUUUUACGUUGGCCCCGCCAUGUUGCACAGGUCCCGUUUGCCCCUCUGAUUUCUCCUCGGCCCACUUUGGUUCCGUCGCGUGACGGCAAAGCAGAGGAGGUGGAACCGAACUGAGCCGGGACGCGAUCAAACGUGAGUCAGUGCUUUCACACUCACCUCUGAGCCGCUGCUCGCGUCAAAGUCACUUUUCUUGCUUUCGUCUUCGCGCCGAACAAAGAUGGAAACUGGAGGCAGCUCGUUUCCAUGUUUUCGAUUCUUUGUUGAAGGCGAGAAACGUGAGAUCGAUCAAACACCAGAACAAAGGAGCACGUGAGGCUGUUGGAUACGCCGCUGUCUCAUAUUACAGACAAUCGGCAAAGAUCCCUAAUACGCAGGUGAAUCCGAGGUCCGACCUGGAGCCCGCGGGCGCGAGCGUGGCGCUAAUGAGUGACAGGUGGUCGUACUCCAAACCUGUGAUGGCACCAGACUCUCUGCAGCUUGAAGUAUUCGGCAGCAGCUCCACACUGAACAACCACAACAAGACAGAAAAUGUCCUUGAACGCUGAAGAACACCGGAAUUUUCCUUCAUUUGAAAUGCCCACAUGUUCACCGCCAGUGAGGCUCCCACGUCCCACAAUCCUUUGCUCCGCCGCGGCUCCCGCGCUUCCCCUCCACAAGCCGACUAGCUCGCCGCUGAGUCGCAUUGAUGGAACAUACAGAGCUUCAGAUGCUUCCAAUCUACGAGCUCCCCACUAGGUGGCGAUAGAUACUACGCACUGCACACUUAAAGGUACAGGCUCCACCACAUCCCAGAGGGGAGUGUUGUACUUUUUACUUCACUAUAUUUGACAACUGUGAUUCAUUUAAAGAUUCACAUUAAUAGGAAACAAAUCGAAUGUGAUGUGUUAUUGUGGACAGAUACAGAACUCCAUUACAGCUUUGGAGUUAACAAGUGUAUGAAGUCAUUGAACGCUAACUAGCAGUGAAAACAUCAUAUUUAUAUUUCAGUUAUAUUUAUAAUCCAGUUAUAUAGUAUAGAUUUAUUUUUUUGCAUUCUUCUUCAAUUCAGCCUUGAGUUGUAAUUCUGAGCCGUAGAUUUACUUUUUUAAUCACAAAAAGGUGUCAAUUUGGCUGCAAACAUCCAAUAUUUGUAUAGUUAAUUCAGUUCAUUCAAAACUAGUUAUUAAAAAAACAACUUUGAUAAUAAAAGUUGCUAAUUUAGGCUCAAUUUAAUUCGUAUUGAUGCAACACCAUAGCUGGCAUUAAUAAAAACUAAAACAAUAACAAUCCUCGUGUAUCUAUAAAGAUCAUUUACAAGUUAACACUUGUCCCAACUGCUGUACACUUCACAUAUAUUACAAAAAAACAUAAAAGCAGCGAUGUAAGACCACACAAUUUAAACACAGAGGACCGAGUAGCUCUGGCGGGGAGUUAAGCGUGUCUCCGUACGAACACGCGUGGUGGAAACCUGAAGGUGUGAAUCAGCGGCUCACCUGCAUAGUGUCUGUGCUCCUUCCCCUACUUGAAUAUAGCGCUAUAUAUGAACUCUGUUUACGCGGCGCUGUCGUCUCCAUGGAGACGCAGCCCCGUCUUAUAAAGGCUGCUUGGUGUGUGUUCAGUUAAAACCCGCCCGGCGUCUCCAGUUAACAACUGAAAUCGUAUAACCAUGAAAAACUGCUGUUGCUUUUUUAUACUGUAUAUGCCUUAAUUCAUAUGUUUGGCAAUCAUGAUUAAAGAAUGUUUUAUAUAA